AUGGGAGCCCUCGAUGAGGACGCGCCCCAACCUGGCCAGAGAGCUGAGGCCGAGAGGGCGGUGCUUCCCCAGUCAGCAUGUGGGCGGGGGAGGGCGGGGACCAGCAGCCGCAGAGGCGUCGACGGCGGCGGCGACGACGACGUUCCUCAGUCUUCGGGGUGGGCUCGGCGGCUUUCAGACCGAGUGUGUCAGCAGCCAGGACUUUCUCUCUGGGUCCCCUUCCAAAACGCAGCCACCGCCGUCACCAACCUCUACAAAGAGAGCGUGGAUACUCAUCAGCGAAGUUUUGAUAUUGGAAUUCAGAUUGGCUAUCAGCGACGCAAUAAGGAUGUGUUGGCUUGGGUUAAAAAGCGCAGAAGAACUAUUCGUAGAGAAGAUUUGAUCAGCUUCCUGUGUGGGAAAGUUCCUCCACCACGAAACUCUAGAGCUCCCCCAAGACUGACUGUAGUGUCCCCUAACCGAGCUACUUCAACGGAAACUAGCUCAUCUGUAGAGACUGAUUUGCAACCCUUCCGGGAAGCCAUAGCUCUGCAUGGUCUUAGUGGUGCAAUGGCUAGUAUAAGCGUGCGUUCGAGUGCCCCAGGCUCUCCUACACAUGUAAGCAGUGGAUCGAAUGCUAGUCGAAGGAGAAAUGGACUCCAUGAUGUCGAUUUGAACACUUUCAUAUCAGAAGAAAUGGCACUCCACUUGGACAAUGGUGGAACUAGAAAGCGUACCUCAGCCCAGUGUGGCGAUGUCAUUACAGACUCACCAACCCAUAAACGCAACAGAAUGCUCUAAACUGCAGACAUUUCCACACCCACCAUGCUGCUUGAAAGCCACUUGAUCCUCAACAUAUACUAUUAUUGCAAAGGAAACAUGAGGCCAUCUUCCCUUGUUCACUGUUUAAGACAGGUGAAUUCUGUAGUGGCUACCAUAAAAAGAAGCUCUAGGUAUUUACGGUAGACGCCUCUUGUAACCAUGGCUUUCUUGAAUCUGUAACCCUAGCAGAGGACAUCAGACCUCGUGGAGUCGUUAGCAAGAUCAUCAUAGGCAAACAUAUAUCCGUUCCAAGGCUAAAAGUGACCUUAACCGUAUUUAUUCUCAAAGGGAAGGGUAACAAUCAGAUGUUUAUUUGGUUAUAGAAUGCUUUUUUUCUCCGCCCCCUCCCCUCUCCUCCUUCCUUUUUGGUCCAUUUCCUGCUGCGUUGAGUAUUUUGCUCCAACAGUAUUGCCAGGUUCCUAAAACGAUCCCAACCCCACGAUUUGGCUUCCUCGUCACAUCUCCAGGCUUCCGGUUUUGCAGCGGCCCCGUGCCACGCACCUGGUCUCUCUCUAGUCAGCAGUGUGCCACUUCUCGUGAUGGGACUGUGCCCUGGUUUUAGUUUUCCACACAGUUUCUACUUCUGGUGAUUGUGUGGUGUAAAGAGGUGCUAUGAUGGCCAUGCAGUUAAUAUCGAAUCAAUGCACAGAACCUUACUGGAUUCACUGUGUGUUAGCGCUCUAAAAGUAGCAAUAUGAUUAUUAAAGUGCCCCCUGGAUUGACCCCAUAGGCUUAAAAUACUCCCAUCUUAAGACAAGUACUACUUCCCGCGCAGGGUACUGUUCCUUAGGGUAAAUGUAAACUCGUAGACUGCGUUCAAGGGGGACCUACAGUAGGGAGGUCAUGAACUUGGAAGAUGGGCUUCCUUUUUGGCUCAGUAUUAGCGAGAGGGAGAUGGAUGGUGGGGGAGGGUCGGUGUUCCAGUCUUUCGUAUCCUGUUAGACAUUUUCCACGAAGACCCCACUUUGCGCAGUUUCCAUUGGAAUUGGUGGAAGGUGACGGUCUUUCAUCUGCCAAUGGUGCUAUCACAACUUAAGUAGCGACCCCCCCCCUCCAGUCCCUCCCCCCUAACUGGUGCAGUUUGGAAUCUCAUUCUGGAAAAGAUGGAAUCGCAUGGAGGCUUCUCUAGAUGUUAGUUUGACCUAAAUAAAGGUUCUGAGUAGAUUCCACUUUUGAGUCCCUUAAUAAGACCUCUUGUAGCCACAAUGUUUUAGAGCAUGCUUCAUCUUCAUUUUUAAUAUCUUGAACUGAAUGAUAGUCUUUUUUAGAUGAAGAACUGAUGUCAGCCUGCCAGGUACUGUAAUUUAUUCUAUCAUAUGCUAUUAUAUAUCAAGUAGGACAGUGAAAAUGUUUCCUUGCAAACUCUGUAGUCCAGUAUCAGUUAACUUCCUGUUUUUAUCCUUAAAAGACCAUUGCAAAUCAGUGUAAGGGUUUUUCCAGUAAUUACUCACAGCACUUUGUUAAAGUUUGCAACUCCUUCAGCCAUUUAAUAAUAUCUUUCUGUGAAGAAACGUUGCUAAGUUAACCAUAAUAUUCACGGACUGGGUGGGGGGUGAAUGGAUUGUUAGACAUGUGUGAGCUCAAGUUCUGUAUUCAUAGAGAUCUAGCCCUAAUUGAAAACAAAAACAAAAGUCAGUUCCAUACUAAAAUUGAAAGUGAGGUAAUUCACAAUUUUUGCAAAAAGCGGAUCAAUUCUUUUUUGUUCGACUAUAAUAGCAGAGAGAAUUAUACCUGAAACAGACGAGCCUGUGUAUUAGGAAUACUUUUAAGCUUCCCUUUGGAAUAUGCCCAGAAAUGCAUUUGGAGUUACCUGGUUUUUUUUUUUCCCCCCUAUCGUUGUAAAUUUAGAUUCUGGAAUUGGUGUCUGGUGGUGUGACGCCUUGCUCACAAGUGGCCAGACCUCUUCCUAAAGGAUUUUUGAGAGUGAGGAACACCAGUGUGACCUCCCCUUUAUGCCUUGGUCCUAUGGUUCCUCCUGAAUCGAAUAACAAUUUUUUAUUUUUGGUUGUUUUUUUGUUUUUGUUGGUGCUCUGACGCUUAAUCUCAGUACCCUUUACUCUCGAUUGUCAAAUUUUGAUACAACAUGUGCCAUUUUCUUUGGUAAGAGAAAGCAGGUCUUAAUGUCUGCCAGGACACGAUUUAUAUGCCUUAUUGGCUCCAUUAAACUUUUAAAAAACUUUAGCAUUCGUUACUUUUUUUCCACUGCAUUUAAUCUCCAGUGAGAUUUGUCAACCUCCUCCUAACUCCCCGACCCUCUGCCCUCGCUCCGCCUUCCCCUUCUCUCUCCCGUGCCCCCAGCACAAAAUAACUCUUAAGAUCUAGGAGUAGAAAGGGAAAUGAUUUCUCGAAGGAAACCGUCGUUCUGACUGCUAGAAUUUUGAAGCCUUCAUUGUGCCAUUUUAGAUGCAAACAAAUCAUGGAAGAUUUGCAUACCGUGUGGUACUUUUUUAAAUGACCGUGGUUUUUCUUUUUUUCAGUCUCUUGAGCACAGUGUAGGUUGAAUUUUAAAACCGAACAGUUGGUUCUGGGGGAGCAGAACCUUCCCUCAUCUUUAAGCUAGACCCUCGGAUUCUUGCAGACCUCCUGGCUCCUGAGACCUGUCGCUGCCCCCCUCACUUGGCCUGAGCAGGUUGAGUUCAUCCCAACCGCGCAGUGUUCUGAGCAUGGCUGAAGCGUUCACAACUUACGGUGUUUAGCAUUUUAUAAUAAGAGCAAAAUUAAUGGAAAGCAUUUGGCUGAAUCUAAAGACCCACAGACAGAUUCUUCAACAAUGUGGUUUACCCAACUGGAGACAUGGUGCACAUCUUCAAUCAAUCAACCAAUAAAUAAUUUAAAAAUCCGAAAAA